CAUUGUCGUGUGGGCGGUAAGGGGUCUACCCACCUCUGCCCAUCGGUUCUACUCGAUUGAUACUGUUUUGCAUGGAGCCGUGCAAGGGGAGUUCCAUAAGAGAGCGAGCCGGGCGCGUAAUGAGAAAACCUCGUAGCCUACAUCUCCCUAGUAGCCCAUAGGCCUACCAACAGAUAGCCUAAUGAGGGUGGCAGCAAACAGAAGCUCUUGUCCUGCGGAUACUUCUACCAGCCCACUCUGAGCGUAAGCUCACUGAAUCUGCAGCCGGUAUGGCUGGUGGUCGAAGAGGUCUCGUGGCCCCACAGAAUACUUUUCUAGAAAAUAUUGUUAGGCGAUCAAACGUUUGGACAUUAUCUCAUAGACAGACAGACACAAAUUUUGUACUGGGCAAUGCUCAGAUUGUGGACUGGCCGAUUGUGUACAGUAAUGAUGGAUUUUGCAAACUAUCUGGUUAUCAUCGUGCUGAGGUUAUGCAGAAGAGCAGCACCUGCAGCUUCAUGUAUGGAGAGCUCACAGACAAAGACACAUGCGAGAAAGUUCGACAAACAUUUGAAAACUAUGAAAUUUUCUCCUUUGAAAUUCUCAUGUACAAGAAGAACAGAAUGCCGGUGUGGUUCUUUGUGAAGAUUGCCCCGAUUCGGAAUGAACAAGACAAAGUGGUGCUGUUUCUAUGUACUUUCAACGACAUUACAGCUUUCAAGCAACCUAUUGAAGAUGAUUCAUCAAAAGGUUGGGGGAAGUUUGCUCGUCUGACGCGAGCUUUGACAAGCAGCCGUGGGGUCAUCCAGCAGCUGGCUCCUACUGUCCAUAAAGGCGAGAAUGUCCAUAAGCACUCACGUCUGGCAGAGGUGUUGCAGCUGGGCUCUGACAUUCUUCCCCAGUAUAAGCAAGAGACUCCCAAGACCCCUCCUCACAUUAUCCUGCAUUACUGUGCCUUCAAGACCACCUGGGACUGGGUCAUCCUCAUCCUCACUUUCUACACAGCCAUUAUGGUGCCCUAUAACGUCUCCUUUAAGACCAAGCAGAACAAUGUCACCUGGCUGGUGGUGGACAGCAUUGUGGAUGUAAUCUUCCUGGUGGACAUUGUGCUGAACUUCCAUACUACGUUUGUCGGACCAGGAGGGGAAGUGAUAUCUGACCCCAAGCUUAUCCGCAUGAACUAUGUGAAGACCUGGUUUGUCAUUGACCUGCUGUCCUGUUUACCUUAUGAUGUCAUCAAUGCCUUUGAGAAUGUAGAUGAGGGCAUCAGCAGUCUCUUCAGCUCCCUGAAGGUGGUGCGUCUGCUGCGUCUGGGCCGCGUGGCGCGUAAGCUGGACCACUACAUUGAGUACGGCGCGGCCGUGCUGGUGCUGCUGGUGUGUGUUUUCGGGCUGGCCUCCCACUGGCUGGCCUGCAUCUGGUACAGCAUCGGCGACUAUGAAGUCAUCGACGAGGACGCCAAUAUGGUGCGGACAGACAGCUGGUUGUACCUGCUGAGCGAAACGAUGGGAACCCCAUAUCGCUUCAACGCCACGGGCACUGGGAGAUGGGAGGGCGGCCCAAGCAAGGACUCGGUGUACAUCACCUCCCUCUACUUCACCAUGACCAGCCUUACCAGCAUCGGCUUUGGAAAUAUCGCCCCUACAACAGACGGGGAGAAGACCUUUGCUGUAGCCAUGAUGAUGAUUGGAUCCCUUCUGUAUGCAACCAUCUUUGGUAAUGUCACCACCAUCUUCCAGCAGAUGUAUGCCAACACCAACAGAUACCACGAAAUGCUGAACAGUGUCCGCGACUUCCUGAAGCUCUACCAGGUCCCUAAGGGUCUGAGUGAGAGAGUGAUGGACUACAUAGUGUCCACCUGGUCCAUGUCCAGGGGCAUUGAUACUGAUAAGGUGCUGCAGAUCUGUCCAAAAGACAUGCGUGCAGACAUCUGUGUUCACUUGAACCGGAAGGUUUUUAAAGAACACCCGGCCUUCCGAUUGGCCAGUGAUGGAUGUCUUCGUGCUCUUGCUAUGGAAUUUCAGACGGUUCACAGUGCCCCUGGUGACCUGAUCUUCCAUGCAGGCGAGAGUGUGGACAGUCUCUGCUUUGUGGUGUCGGGGUCAUUAGAGGUCAUCCAAGAUGAUGAGGUUGUUGCCAUCUUGGGAAAAGGGGAUGUUUUUGGGGAUGUGUUUUGGAAGGAGCUGAAUCUGGCACAGUCCUGUGCGAAUGUACGGGCACUCACAUACUGUGACCUUCAUAUCAUAAAGCGUGAUGCUCUGCAGAAGGUUCUGGAGUUCUACACAGCUUUCUCAAACCACUUUGCACGCAACCUACAUCUGACAUACAACCUAAGGAAAAGGAUUGUUUUCCGUAAAAUUAGCGAUGUGAAACGAGAGGAGGAGGAGCGACUGAAGAGAAAGGACGAGGCGCCGCUGAAUCUCCCUCCAGACCACCCCGUGCGUCGUCUGUUCCGGCGUUUCCGGGAGCAGAGGGAGGCGCGACUGGCCGCGGAGAGGGCGAGGCAGGCCCUUCUGGAGGGGAAGGACAUCGAGAAGGGCUCCAUCCGCGCAGAGCAGACCACACUGGUCUGUGAAGUCAUUCCAGCCACGAGCAUGAUCACGGUCACAGAGAGUCCCUCCGCUCCCAUUACAUCAUCCUCCUCGUCCGCCGCUACCAAACUCACCAGUCGUGCCAAACUCGAUGCCCCCUACGGCAUGCCAGAUGGUCUGAAGUCAGCAGAGCUGCCAAAGGGUCGAGGGUGGGGCCGCUUUAAGGAGACGCCAGGUAAGCGUGACCACACCCAUCACGCCUGGGUCACUGUGGCCAAGGCCGAGUCCAUGGAGACGCUGCCAGACCGGACAAAGUCGCAUGAUGAAGUCAUCUUGCUGAAGAAAACAGAUUCAUGUGAUAGUGGCAUAACCAAGAGUGACCUCCGUCUGGACAGCGUUGGGGAAGGGGUGUCUCAAACCCCUCAGGACUGCAGUCCGGUGCAAGCGCCGAUGACCGGGGCAGCAGGAGAGGGCAGACGUGUGUUCCAGGUGACCGCUGAGCAGCUGGACGUGCAGACGGCCCUGCUGGAGCUGCGGCAGGAGCUGAGGGGAGAGAUGCGGGCACUCAGUGGCCGCAUCACUGCCCUGGAGGGACAGCUGGCGGAGAUGCUGCGGCUCCUCCGUCUCAAGACGAGGUCAGCGUCCACCACCUCACACCCCGAGCACUCACAAGUGUCCGGCGAGGACAAUACACUUUCAUGAGUCCAGAGAAUGGAACUCUACUCAGGACUCCCCUGCAGAGCCAGUGUGGUGGACGAAACACAUGAGUGACAAGUCAAGUAUUCAAGUGAGGUGUGAGAGCAGUCUUGAUGUUCACUUUGUGAUUCACCUUGACGUCUUGAUCUUGAGUGGUCAUACACCUACAAAAGCAUCCAUCGUGUGUGGGUGUGUGUGUGUGUUUAUGUGGGGGGGGGAUGUGUGAAUACCAUAGUAUAAUGUGACAUCAUGCAGAUUUUAAAGUGUGGUGCAUGUUUCAGUGAGGGAGAGAUGAACACACCCACCAAUUACCUAGACUUUCCCUAGAUUUGUGCUCCAACUUGGUCCUGAAAACCCUGUGAAACAGCUCUUACAACACAACGUCGCUAAUUAUAUUGUCAAAAUACACCAGUUAGCAUGCCAACUGACUUUUAUCAGUGCCUGUUGUGUUGUUGGUGUUUACAAAGUGUGUUUGCUGGCUGUUAGCAAGCUAGACCACUAUCUUAUGACUAAAACUUAUCCUAAAUCUUUGUGGAACGAGUUCUUACAAAUGCUGUGCUCUACAUAGUGAGUUUUCAGACGUCAUUCUGAAAUAAUACAAACUACUAACUGCCAGCGAAAAGGUGCUCUGACGUCAUUAGUACAUCAAAUGGAACCCACGGUUUAUGACUUUCUAAUUACAAGGUUCCAUCCAUGUUAACCUUUCAGUCUUAGGGAUGAAAACACUCAUAAUGUCUCAAGGUAAACUAGGCCUUGGGGACAGAAUAUCAUGAGGAAAUUGUGGGAAGAAAAUGAGAUUCUGCUGUAAGCAUAUGCACAUAAUGCAUUUGACCAAUGUUGUUAUUGUGUUUGGCAUGCAGUAGCACAGUCUCAGAUUGUUAUCCUAGGCCCUGGGGUUUCUGUCCUGCCACUUUCCCCACUGAUUAGCUGCUCACAAGGGGGAUUACUGAUGUGAGCUAAUGUUUUCUAAAUCUGAAACUGGUGCUAUUACCAAGCCACACAUCUCUGUAGGAUUCUGAAAGUUGCCCAGUGUACUGGUUGCCAAUGACUGAUCUAUUCUUCGAUAUAUUGAUUGACAGCGAUGUGUGUGGCUUGGCUGAGGAGCAAAGGCAUGUCACAUAAUGCAUUUGAGGGUUUUCUUCAACAUUGUAAGAGUAGGGGAAUCAGAUAAUAAUGGACCCCCCCCGCCCCCACUGUAGCCUCAUUUGAGCCCUGCUAUUCAAUGUGAGCUGCUCUGUGUCUUUAAGUGGACAGCUUUUAUGCAUAUCAAGGAUAAACAGGAGAGUUUCAGUAUAUUUGUUAAAUAUCUGAGUCUUGUUUUUUUAUGUAUCACUCAACUGAAACACUUUAUCCCAUCACACUAUCUAGCAUGCUGUGGGAAUGUGUUUCGGGUACCCAAGCUUUUUGAUGGUAAUGGAGUGGUUUGCACUUUAACUUGAUUUAUGAUGAAAUGACUUGCAGCACUGAAACAAUGAGGUAAUAAUGUCUAAUAAAAAAGGGAAGA